CGAGGAUCCGAUGUCAAGAACUAUUCAAGGUGUAUGAGCCAUGGAUCAGAACAGCAGCAGUAAGGACCUAGUUCUACUUAAUAGCUACCACAAUCUGAUGAUGGUGAGGACAGUCAUAGGGCAAAUGCUGGUGUGGUUCUUCAUCUGUGUUGACAUGCUCAUGCUCUUCACCUUCUUCAGUAAGCAGGCUUUCCGGACCAAUGCCCGCUACAUCCUGUUUGCUCACACCCUGAUGGCUGACUGUCUACUCCUGCUGCUCACUGACCUGGUGGUGCUGCUUAUCCACUUCGGUGUUCUUUUGCCUGUCAGUCACUGCAUUGUGCUCUGCGUUCUCAUGGGAAUCGGCGUUAAAAACACGCCCUACACCAUCACCGCUAUGUGCCUGGAGCGCUACGUGGCCAUCUGCAUGCCGCUUAGACACGCCAGCAUUUCCACCACCGGCAGGACCAUGGCUGCCAUCGCUGUCGUCUGGGCAUGCAGCUCCGUCCGGGCCUUCAUAGAUCUCAUUAUCGUCUCUGUCAAGGCCCCGCCAGAAUACUUUGCCAAGCCCACCUUCUGCUUUUACCAGGUCAUGCUGGUGACUGAGUGGCACAAUCUCAUGUAUGUCACAUUUAAUCAGGUGGACUUCGGUAUUAUUGUGGUGAUCUUGCUGUUCUGCUACACCAAGAUCAUGCUGGCAGCUCAGGCUGCCUCUGGAGAGAAUAAGCAGUCUGUUUCAAAGGGGAGACGCACGCUCCUGCUCCAUGGCCUGCAGCUCAUUCUGUGCAUGGCCGACCUGUGGACCCCUUAUAUUUUGGCUGUUGUUCAGAAGCAAAGUCUAUACUGGCAUGAGACCAUCCGAUUCUUAAAUUUCAUUGCUUUUACCAUUGUCUCCAGGGCCCUGAGUCCCCUUAUCUAUGGCCUUAGGGAUAAAAAGUUUUGCCUUGCCCUGAAAUAUUACAUGAGCUGCAAGGUCUAGCCCCUCUCUGGAGAAAUGUAGCAGCUUAGGAGUGUGUAUGAAUGUGUAACAGAGAAAGCCACAGAAAAAAAUACUUCUGUGUACAUUGGUAUCAUGACUCAAAAAGGUUUGCAUGAGUUUUAAUGAAGAGGUGAGAUUUGUAUCAUGUGACCUAAUCUCCAGGCUGUUACAGCCUUUGCAUCUUCUAGUUCUAGUAAUUUCUAGUCAACUUUGUUUUAAUACCGUUUUAAAUACUGUGUUUUAAAUACUACAUUUCAAAUUUGAUCUCUUAGAUUUUCUAUUCAAUUACAUUUAUUUUCCU